GUUAUGCUAACCUAUGACAGUAAGACAGUACCAAGUGAAGGUGGUGUUAACGUUAAAGUUGAUUUAAUACUGCAAGAUAUAUCAAGUAUAUCAGAGAUUGCAGCGAGUUUUACUGCCGAUGUACUAUUUAGUCAAAUUUGGCUUGAUCCCGGAUUAGCAUUUGGCAAUAUAACAGCAUGUUUGCCAAAUUUAACGCUAAGUCAUCGAGCAAUUGACGAUAUAUGGAUGCCGGAUGUAUGCUUUCAAAACAGCAAAUCUACCAAUGUACAUAAUAGUCCAACACCAAAUAUUUUUCUACUAAUUUAUCCAAAUGGUACUAUAUGGGUUAAUUACAGAGUUAAGGUACAGGCACCCUGCGACAUGGAUAUGACAUCAUUUCCUAUGGAUGUUCAACGCUGUACACUAACCUUUGAAUCCUAUUCAUUUAACAAUGAAAAAGUUCGGUUAGAUUGGUUUGAUACUGGUAACAAACUACCAGAUUUUCAACUAUCGAGAUUUACAUGGCAAAAACAAAAAUUUUACUAUCCAGCAGGUCAAUGGGAUCAGUUGAAAGCCACUUUCUAUUUCCGUCGUCUUUAUGGCUACUAUAUAUUACAGUUAUUUUUGCCAACAUAUGCAUCUGUUUUUAUCAGCUGGAUUGCCUUUUGGCUUGAUCCAUCUUGUAUGCCAGGAAGAACUACACUUGGUGUAUCGGCUUUAAUGGCACUCUCAUUUCAGGUCUCCAUCUAUAUCUCUUACUAUUUUUGA